CCUUCUAUAUUUUCCACAUUCAACCCUGCACGCUGUCAUCAUUUUCUUACGCGACUUUUUCUUUCUCCCCAAACACUCUCUUCCCGAGAAAAGAAAACGCAAGAGAAGAAGAAUAUGGCCGAUCAGCUUACCGACGACCAGAUCUCUGAGUUCAAGGAGGCUUUUAGCCUCUUUGACAAGGACGGCGAUGGUUGCAUUACUACCAAGGAGCUGGGGACUGUGAUGCGAUCUCUUGGGCAGAACCCUACUGAGGCAGAGCUCCAAGACAUGAUCAAUGAAGUUGAUGCUGAUGGAAAUGGGACCAUUGAUUUUCCCGAAUUCCUGAACCUGAUGGCUAGGAAGAUGAAGGAUACUGAUUCUGAGGAGGAACUUAAAGAAGCUUUCAGGGUGUUUGACAAGGACCAGAAUGGUUUCAUAUCUGCUGCUGAGCUUCGCCAUGUGAUGACGAAUCUUGGUGAGAAGCUUACAGAUGAGGAAGUUGAUGAGAUGAUCCGUGAGGCUGAUGUUGAUGGUGAUGGGCAGAUCAACUAUGAGGAGUUUGUCAAAGUCAUGAUGGCCAAAAGGAAGCAGAGGCCUGUUAACAGCCAUCGGAGCCAAAAGGUAGAGAAAGCAAACGCUGGACCCAAACGUCGUAAGAGAGCCAAGAUUCGUGAUUGUGUUUUCCUCUAGUUUCCCAUUACAAGGGCUGCUACCGCUGCCGCUGCUCUGCUGCUUUCAUCACUAUCAUCCUUACUCUCUGCAUAAUAACUAUACUAGUAUUAUGUUGUAACCUAGUAUUCCUAGUCAAGGAACCUCAUGUGUGUUUCAUAAUUAAAAAAGAAAAAAAGCUAUCUAUAUAUCUUAUAACAAAAA